AUGCAGAUCGGGUCGGCAACGGGAACCAGUAAAGCUCCGGUUCGUUGCUACUCCAAGUGCUCGGUGCGUUUACUCCUUCGGGAAGUCGGAGAAGUUAUUUAUGGCGUGCUCGACGGCCAGGAGAGGCUGAGUGCGGAGAAGCGAAAGGCGGCGAUAAAACAGUUUGUGUCGGACUUUGAAACGGCUGUCCAAGACAACAUUACCAUCAAUGAUAAGCCCUGGCAAGAUGUCUCAGAUGAGAUUGAUUUACAAAGCGCUGUGUUUUUGGAUGACUUGGUUGAUGAAUGCAUUUUUGAUACAGCCAUUAAACGUAAAUACUUUCCUCAAAAGAUUCUGAGAUGUUUUAUCAAAACAUUAAAAAGUGAAAGAGAAUUGAUGACAAUUCAUCCUUCAGUAAAAUCAGAGACAGUGGCAAUUGAUCCAGAAAAUGAAGCCCACAUGAAAAAGCUGCUGACUGCUAUGCCGUGUUUGGCCAAAUGGAGUAAUGAAACAGAAAAGUCUAUGGAGCGCUUGCUUCAGAAAGUUGUAGGCAUGUCUGAGGUGAUGUGUCUGGAUCCACUUGUCAAAAACUCGGAGCUCCAAUCGUUGGAAGAACCAGAGCCGGACAAAAAAACGACAAGCUUAUUACAAAGUAGAGGAAAAUCGGGAGAAGAAAAAUCCUAUCCUUUGAAAUCAAAGGAAGACAUUGACUCCUGCUAGGACAAAAAAAAAGGAUUAAAAUGCGGCAAUUCAGCCUUCUCUGUUCUCUGCUUUCAAGAAACGUUCUUCAAAUAAGAAGUGCACUAGAGUUAUUUUAAACUUUUAGCACUCUGCAAAACUGUUCCUUUUAAAGACGUUCAUAACCUGUGUGCCUGUUUUGCAUCUUUUAGCAGUUACCGUUUUCUUUUUUCAAUUGUUCUAUUGUCUGUUGAAUUUGAUAUGAUGAACUCCUUGUGUUACAGCUGAGCUCAUGUCUCCCUCUUAUAAGCAAAUUCUGAUAGGUAUGCAUCUUUAAAAAUAUUCUCGCAGUAUUGUGCACGGUUUUCAACAACGUUUGUCUCCACUGUGAAAAUUUAUGUAAAUAACUAUGGAAGAGCUAAUCAGUAUGUGUGGUUUUGUUUUGGUUGUCCUUUUUUUCUUUAAUAAAUUAUUUAUUAGUCUAUUUUAAUUAAACCAUUGAAAAAGA